GUCCCUCUACUCUGUGAAGACAAGGGUUUUUUUGUGCGAAAGGGGAAUCAUAGGACUCACAUGCUUUGGAGGAGAAAAAAACAAAUCGCAGCAGAGGAUUGGGUUGUUCAGAGGGGGAAAGAACAAGGCAGAGGAGCAGACUGAAGUCAUCUGGAGCUGGAUAAGACCUUAGAACUGGACAGCUUUAAAUCUGGAAAGGACAAAAUUGGACUGGAUACCUAAACAUGGAAAAUGGACAAAGUGAAACAGAAGAAAGGACGGAGGAUGUGUCAGAAGAUAAAGAAGAACACGUAGAGGAGGUUAACCUGGAGAUCGCACAGCUGCAGGGCCUGGUGGAUGAGCUGCGUGAUGGGCUCCAGGUCGCUCUUACAGAGCUGUGCGAGCUGCGUCACAGAGACCAGGGCCUGGAGGAGAAGCUCCAGGCCCACGAGACUGAUGUGGAUGAUAAGAUAAUGGGCCUCAAGAACUCCCUCAACACUUUGAAGGAGGAGCUGAAUGUGGCCUUGUUCCACAUUAAAGAUGUUUCGAGCAGACAAAUAGAGGUGCAGAAGAGGAUAGAACUGCUUCAGUCAGAAAACAACAAAGAUUUCAUUUCUGUUCCACACAGUAGAAAGAGCUCCAAGGCAGAUGUCCUUUUGGCACAAGGGGAUGAACACAUCUGUGUGCCCAGCCAGUCAGAGCUCAGUGUUAUUCAACACUUCUUCUCCAGUCUGCCACCAAGUGGAUCAUCACCACAGAGGAGCACCACAUCCACACAGCCGUCUACCUCUGAGCAGGAGGCUCAGCAGCAGCAGCAGCAGCAGCAGCAGCAGAGAGGUUUCCUGUCUAAAUCUCCAGCAUGGGGAGAGAGAAAGAACAGCAGAGACGACACAGAGACAUCCAACAACCUGACUGAAAACAGUAAGAGGCAGAGAGUGGCUCUGGAGCUGCUGGAGUCAGAGAGAGUUUAUGUGUCCCACCUGUCUCUGUUACUGAAGGCCAACAUCUCCUUUAAUGGAACAGAAGCUCUCACCUCCAAAGACAAACGUCCGUUUCCCAGCUCUCUGAGGUUUCUGAUCCAGCAGCACCUGGAGCUGCUCCAUACUCUCCAGGAGCGUGUGAUCAAGUGCCAGUGGCAAGGCAUCAUGGGGGAUGUGUUUAUGAGGCUCACCAGCAAAGAGAAUGAUUUCUUGGACUUUUAUGUUUCCUACCUGAAGGAGCUUCCAGACUGUCUAUCAGUCGUCACCACACUCUCCUCCAGCUCCAUGAAAUCUUCUGCGUUUCUGGAGAGUGAUAUAACAGGUGAUGAAUCCAAACCGUCUCUCUACACUCUGCUGCUUCAGCCGGUUCAGAGGAUCCCUGAGUACCUUCUGCUGCUGCAGGGACUGCUGAGGCAGACGGAGGCGGAGCACCCAGACUAUUACCUGCUGCUGGUGUGCAUCCAGCAGUUCAGGUCCUUCACGGCUCAGUACCAUCACCUCCUCCAGCACAACCAGGAGCUACUCCUGCAUAACCGCAAGGAGAUGAAGAGGUCUAACAUGAAACAGCUGUUAAAGACAGUUGAAAGUGGGAUUAAAGCUAACAACAUCGGCUCGCCGUACCCUUGCAGCAGUGCAAUGCUAGAACAUGCAAACCAGGUGAAGCAGAGCAAGCAGUGUCUCCUGGAGCAGAUCCAGUCUCAUCGUUUCCAAGCUUGGGAGCGGGACCAGGAUUCAGUAUCUCAUGGUUAUGACCCCGAGUGGCCCCCUCAGCUCCAGUUCUUCAGCCCCAACAUGGACUCAAGAAACAACAAACAAACAGGUCUUGGCAGUAUCCCAGAGAGCGAGGGAUCUGAGCGGUCCGUGACAUGCCAUCAUCAUCUGACCUCCAGACAUCCAGACUUCCGUCAGGUUCAACCAGGCUCGGCUCUGGCAGAUGCCCUCGGAGAGUUCCUUCUUCCUCCAGACCCACCGGGGAUGGAGAGCCUCUACGAAGAGGAGGGAGGCUCUCUCCGUGACGACUCCAUGUUCGACCGCUGCUCCUCUGACUCGUCAGAUUCCUCCAUCGACAUCGCCUUCAUGAAGUGCCCCAAAGGCCCCUCAGCGUCCCGUCAUGCAAUGGCGGUGAAUGUGUCGGCAACACGCGAUGUCUUCGGGAAUGGUGGAAGCCAGGGGAACGGUUACAAUAAGAUGUCCACCAGAGGGUGCGUGUCUCCAGAUGAAGCUGUAAUGAUGCGGCACAAUCAGCACCGAUCCCUUCAGGCGAGUCAGCGUAAGAGCAAGUCACUGAAUGGCCUGCAGAUGGACACCACAGUGAGCCUGGAUGGUGGUCAACUGUCAGACCACCUCCACAGGGUGGGACUGGGAAGCCAUGCCAAGCUGGAGCGCCAGGGUAGUAAGGGUAGCAGAGGGUGUCCCACGCCAUCUCGUAAGGUCCAGAGCCCCCUCGGGAACAGAGCUGAUACAGAGAAACAGCACGAUGAUCUUCAAGGGAUGCUCAGCAUUGACUCUGGAUUCCAGUCAUGGGGGGAGGAUUCAAAGUGGAGAGGCGGGGCGGAGGAGAACAACCACACCCCCUUCAGCGAGAGGAGUCGGAAGCAGGACAAAGGAGGGUUCAGGAGCUCGUUUAAGAAACUGUUCAAGAAGAAGAGCGGUGAAGAGAAGAAGGGAGGCGAGAAAGCCCCAGAAAACCAAAACAAUGGUGAACACGAGACUCCGGGGAAGAAUCCCAAACAGGUACAUCUGGAGAUAAACCGUGGCACAGCUGUAUGAGUCCCAUUGUACUGCACACACAAACAGUACCACAGACUGAUGUGAUAUAAAGUGUCUUACAUUCAGUAUCAGUACAACACAUGGUUGAUUGUUAAACAUUUACAAAUGAUAUAUAAAUGCUGUACAGGUAUUAUUCAUUAAGCUACGCUACCUUUACUCUGAUCAUCUCCAAGUAUCCAGUUCUCCUUUUUGUGACAGAAAGAAAAAGUUCAUAGUGAGGGAAAGCACUUCACAUGGAUCAAAUUCAAAAGUUAAGAAAACGGCCACAGGGGUAUUUUUGCUCAGAAUAAAAGGAAAUGUGAGGUUAAGUUAUCAGUGUGUAUUUGUACAUUUACUUAAAGCUGGUUUGACUUUUUUUAGGUUCCUUUUCCCCCCACAUUACAAGACAUGACCACUUGAGGUCAUAGUUUGACACUGUCAAUCCUUUAACCUUUAA